AUGAGCCAUGAACGCCUUUGUGCCAAUAAACAGUUAUACAGUCCAUUGUUGUUCAUCAUUUGGCCCAAGCAGAAACAUAUUUUUGGUCCAAAACGAGCCGGAUGGGAUCUGGAACGAGCCAACUUUGAGUUCUGGACACUGGGUGCGUUCUGGAUGGAAGCAAGCAUUGACCAGUACGGCGAGCAGCCCAGCAGGAGCGAGAAUCUUAAUAUUGAAUAUUUAAUUGACACCGAUGAUGAUGUUCAACAGUUCAGUGAGAGGCAGGAAAUUGAAGAUCAGUUUUACAUGAUAUUAGCCAAAGCAAAGCAAAUACGUAAUCGCAGCGCACGUAAUCUAAAUGCCGGGGAUGAUGAUAACGAUGAUAUUCGUUCGUGUAUUUCAGGCAGUUCGCGAUCUUCAGAAAUGGUGAAACUGACGAAGACAAAUAAUGUUAAAUUGCCAACGAUCCAGCUUCCUAAAUUCGGCGGUCGGUACGAGGACUGGCUUGAGUUUCGGGAUACAUUCGUUUCCCUAAUACACGAGAACCAAGGAAUAGUUGACAUACAAAAGUUUCACUAUUUGAGGGCUUCCCUGGAGGGAGGCGCUGCGCAGAACCACGUACAAUCUAUGUUUGUUAUUGAACCCUUGAAGCGUGAAUCAGCGUUAGGUCAUCGUGUUCAUAAAUGCAAAUCGGGCUCUUGUACUAAAUGCUCACUAAAACACAAUACACUAUUACACAAAGAAAUAGGUUCCUCACAACAUGUUGAGCCGCCAGUCGACAAAGCCACCGCGCUCUCAGUCCAAAUGACAGAGCCAGUAUUGCUUUCGACUGCAGUGGUUUACAUUCUAGGUAGCGAUAAUCAACGUCACGAAGCAAGAGCUGUUCUCGACUCAGGGAGCCAAGCAUCCUUCAUGACUCAAAGAUUACUACAUAAGUUGAACCUACAUUGUCAAAAAACACAAAUAUCAGUAACAGGAAUAAAUAGUACCAUUACGCAAGUAAAUAAGCGAUGCGACACAAUCAUAUUUUCAAAGGUUUCGUCAUUUCAAAGUAACAUAUCAUUAUUUGUUUUACCGAAUAUUACCAAUUUAUGUAACAACAGAGUAAUCAUUAAGGAUUUACGCAUUUCAUCACAAUACACAUUGGCUGAUCCACAUUAUUAUAAUCCUAUUGACAUAGAUCUAUUAUUGGGAGCAGACAUAUUCUGGAAUUUAAUAUUGUCAAAUCAAAUUCGUUUAGGUAAGAACUGUCCCGUAUUGCAAGAAACCCAAUUAGGUCACAUCAUUUCUGGUCCCACUAGUGGACUUAAACAUAAUAUUUACAAAGAAAAUACUGGUCUAAUUACAUGUAACUUUAUAAAAAAUGAUUGUACAGAUAUUCAAGAACAAUUAGCAAAAUUUUGGUCACUUGAGGAAACACCCUAUGCUUUUAAGCCUGCAUAUUCAAUGGAAGAGAAGUUAUGUGAAAAACAUUUCGUAGACAACUUCACAAGAAUGCCUGAUGGUAGAUUUUCGGUAGCUAUUCCACUUAAAAAACCAGAAACUCUAUUAGGAGAUUCAUAUACUCGAGCCUUACAUUGUUUUUUAUCAUUAGAACGUAGAUUACAGAAACAACCAAAAUUAAAAGAAUUAUAUAUAGAUUUCAUGACUGAGUACGAGCAAUUAGGUCAUAUGUCAGUUGUUCCAAAUUACCCUGUUUUAGAUACAAAUAAUUUAUAUUUUCUACCACACCACGGAGUGUUACGCGAAAACAGCGCGACAACAAAAUUGAGAGCUGUAUUCAAUGCAAGUGCGCCAUCAACAACAGGUGUAUCGUUGAAUGAUCUUCAGAUGGUUGGUCCCACUAUACAAAACGAUUUAUUCUCUAUUCUUAUUAGGUUUUGGCAUUACUCUUACGUCAUGACUGCGGACAUUGAAAAAAUGUACCGUCAAGUACUAAUUCAUCAAAAUCAGAGACAUUUACAAAAUAUAAUUUGGAGAGAUGACCCUAGUAAAGAACUUAGCAUAUUUCAACUCAAUACCGUUACUUAUGGGACUGCAUCUGCGCCAUUUCUUGCCGUUAGAUGCUUAAAACAACUUGCACUUGAAUGUGAGGAUAAUCUUAUUUCCGAGAUAAUUAAUAAUGACUUUUAUGUAGAUGACCUAGUUACAGGUACCCAGUCAAUAGAUAAUUUAAUUAAGAUCAGGGAUAGCAUAUGUGAAGUUUUAUCAAAAGGUUGUUUCAAUUUACGCAAAAUUAAAUCAAAUAUACCAGAUCUACGCGAUAUAAGCUCAAAUUCAAAUACGCAUGUUAAUUUAGGCCGACAAAAUUCUAAUAAUACGCUAGGGCUAGGUUGGAUAUCAUCCUCAGAUAAAUUGUGUUUUUCUCAUAAUAUUUUAUCAGGAAGUCAGGUCACGAAGCGAUCAGUUUUGUCCACAAUUGGACAAAUAUUUGAUCCUCUCGGACUUCUUACAGUUUUUGUCAUCAAGGCUAAAAUACUUCUCCAAAAUCUUUGGCUUUUGAAGAUAUCUUGGGAUGAGCCUUUGCCGUUAGAUGUUGCACAAAAAUGGAAUAAAUUUAAAUCAGAUCUCCAUUUCUUAAACGACUUACAUUUACCUCGUUGCGUUGUUUGUCCUGAUUUGGCGCUUAUUGAAUUACAUACAUUUUGUGAUGCAUCGCAGGAAGCUUACGGAGCAUGUACAUUCGUAAGAAGUAUUUCAGUCGAUGGCAAGAUCAUGACACGGUUACUAUGCGCAAAAAGUAAAGUCGCACCGUUAAAACCAACUACAAUUCCUCGCCUGGAAUUAUGUGGCGCGAUUGUAGCAGCACGUUUAAUACAAAAAGUAUUAGAAGCAUUUAGGUUACCUGUGCAAAGAUGCAUUCUUUGGAGUGAUUCAUCUGUCGUUCUAGGUUGGCUGAAAACACCUCCAUCUAAAUUAAAGUUAUUUGUUAAGAAUCGUGUUGCUGAAAUACAAGAACUUACUUACACUUUUGAAUGGCGUUAUGUUCCAACUUAUGACAACCCUGCUGACCUGCUAACAAGGGGUAUAAACUUGGCAUCAAUAAAUACCUUGGAUUUGUGGUGGUCAGGUCCAACAUUUUUGCACGAGUUGGAAUGUAAAUGGCCUAAAAAUAACAUAAAUUACAAAGAUGACCUACCUGAAAUUGUAGCUCAUGUUGCAUCAACAAUUGCAAUCAAGAAUAAUCAGCUUAUUGAUUUUCACAGAUUUUCAACAUUAACUAAAAUUAAUCGUACAAUGGCUUUGGCAUUAAGAUUUGUUUACAAUUGUAAAAUUCAUGAUUGCAACCAGAAAUUAUCUGGACCAUUGAAUACACAAGAAUUAGAUAACGCAUUUAAUUUACUAUUAAAACAAUCACAAAUUGAAUCGUUUCCCGAAUACAAACUUUUGUACAAUAAACAAGCUUUACCUAAUAAAAAUAAUCUUAUUUCCCUGUCACCGUUUCUUGAUGAAACAGGUCUACUAAGGGUAGGUGGCAAAUUAAAAAAUUCAAAAUUUGACUAUAAUAAAAGACAUCCAGUAUUAAUUUCAUGCAAACAUCCUUUGACAAAACUAAUUUUUACUUUUGAACAUUUAAGAUUGUUUCACGCAGCACCACAACUUCUUUUAUCAUCUUUAAGGCAACAAUUUUGGCCUAUAGGUGGUCGCAAUAUGGCUAAACAGAUCGCACACAAAUGCUACAAGUGUUUCAGAAUGAAAGCUCAAACGAUUAACCCUAUCAUGGGUCAGUUGCCGGAGCAGCGACUCGACCCAGGUUACCCGUUUCAAACAACAGGCGUAGAUUACUGCGGUCCUUUACAAGCUGCCGAUAGGAAAGGACGUGGAUCUAAAACUAUCAAGGUGUAUAUUGCUGUCUUUGUCUGUUUCACUACAAAGGCAUUACAUUUAGAAUUGGUUACCGAUUUAACAAAGGAAACGUAUAUUGCUGCGUUACGUAGGUUCAUUGCUCGGCGAUCCAAGCCCUCCAUUGUAUUUUCUGAUAAUGGUACACAAUUUGUUGGGGCUAAAAAUGAAAUUCAGAAUUUCUUAAAACAAGAAUCUCUAAAUUUAGCUCAGUAUAUGGCAAACGAAGGCAUAGACUUUAAGUUCGUACCCGCCUAUACUCCUCAUUUUGGAGGCAUAUGGGAGGCGGGCGUUAAAUCUGUUAAAUACCAUCUAUUGAGAGUAUUAGGAAACGCUCGUUUAACAUUUUUAUAUACAGUUUUAGUUCAAAUAGAAUCAAUAUUGAAUUCUCGUCCUCUAUCACCAAUUUCCUCAGAUCCUAACGACCUUACUCCUCUCACUCCUGGUCAUUUUCUAGUUGGACGUCCUUUAACAGCGCUGCCUACAUCUAGCCUAAUCAACGUAAAUCCCAAUAGACUACAACGUUGGGAACUAGUAGAACAGCUACGUCAGAAUUUUUGGAUACGCUGGCAGAAGGAGUACGUGUCUGAACUUCAACAAAGGACCAAGUGGAAGACUUCUAAGGGCGAUCUGAAGGAAGGGACAAUGGUCGUGAUCAAGGAUGAUGCACUGCCUCCGUUGAAAUGGAGCCUUGGACGAGUUCGUCGAGUGUUCCCAGGUCCUGACGGAGUUAAUCGUGUUGCAGACAUAGAAACCACUAAAGGCCUGACAAGACGAGCAUUCAAUAAAAUUUGUCCACUACCAAUCAAUGAGGCUGUUGAAACCCAAGAUUUCAACGUCGGGGGGCAUGUUAAGGAUCAGCGCGGGACGGGGGAGAUGAGCGCCCCACCGCGGUCGACAGACGAGCUAGCUCAUUAG